AUGGUCAAGGUCGAAAUCGUCGAAGAAAAGGAGCAGCACGACUCCCGCUCCCCCUACUCCUCCCCCGCCUCGUCCCGCACAUCCUCGUCCGUCUCGCUUUCGUCAGUCGGCUCCGAGCUCGAUGGCGAGGAGUCAUUUUACGAGCGCAUCGUCGCCCUCGCCGACAUCAUCCCGCCCACCACGCGCCAGAGCAUCUCGAGCCGUAUAGGCAAGACCGCCGGCCUUCUCAAGGGCACCGGCAAGGUCGUUGGCAACCUCGUCUGGAUCCUCACGACGAGCGCUCUCCUCGUCGGCCUCCCGCUCGCCCUCGUGCUCGAGGACGAGGCGAAGAUCGUGCAGCAGGAGAAGGAGAUGCUCGCUCAGCAGCAGGGCGCCCAGAUGCUUGCCCCUCCGGGCUCCAUGUACCCCCCCUCAAACCAACCGCAAAAGGGGGUCACUCCCCCUGGCUUCUGA